AUGUCUUCCUUUACGGAGUCACGAGGUGGAGGCAGCUUGGGUGGUUUGGUCGGCGUAGGUGGUGCAGGAGCCGUCGGCAGCGAACCGUUUUGCCUACAGCGCAAAAGUGCCUGGGUACGGGAGUACCGGGAUUUGCAAGCCAACGUAAUGUCGGUCGAUUGGACCGGGUCAUGGAUUUUGUUGGCCGGCCGGCGCUUGUUGGCCCUGCAGUCUCUGCGUGACUACGAGUCGACCGACGGAAGCACCGCACGGUUAGAGGAAUCGAUCGACUGUGGCCUACGGAAGUUCCCGCGCCAUUCGAAGUACGAGGUGACGGCAGCCGAAUGGGCCAUCUGCCAGAACAGCCAGGAGUACUGCGCGAUUGCGACCUGCCAGCAGAUCGAGGUCGUCACGUGGCGCUCCGAUGAGCCAACCCUGAAACACUCGCUUCGAGCGCACACCCGAAUGAUAACGGACAUCGAUUGGCACUCGAAGGUACCGCACCUUCUAGCUAGUUGCUCGAUUGAUACGUUCACGCAUCUGUGGGAUCUGCGGGACCCACGGAAGCCUGUGCUAUCGCUGAGUGCUGUCUGUAUGUCCGGUGCCAGUCAGGUGGGUUUUAAUCGAGUCUCGGGGAACCUGGUCGCCACAGCUCACGAUGGCGACCUGCGCAUCUGGGACCAGCGCAAAGGAUCGUGUCCGAUACAGUACAUCACGGCGCACCUAUCGCGCAUCCACGGUAUCAAUUGGAGCCACGAUCACGAGACGAGCCUGUCCACUGCUAGCCAGGACGGUACGGUGAAGUACUUCGACAUAAACAAUCCGCGGCGGGCGGAGAAAAUCAUCACCACGUCCUGUCCAGUGUGGCGGGCUCGGUACACCCCGUUCGCGGACGGCCUGGUCACGACCAGCGUCCCCCAGCAGGGCCGUGGAGAAAACAGUCUCCUGAUGUGGAACAACUCCAAGCAGGACGCGCCCAUUUGCGCGUUGGUCGGGCAUACGGACGUUGUGCUGGACUUUGCCUGGGGCCGCAAGGACAUAGAGGACCCCGAGUUGAUCACGUGGUCGCGUGAUCAAACGAUUCGCAUUUGGCGCAUCGACGAAGAAGUGCGGAAGCUGUGCGAGCGCUACCCGCCAGACGAUGACGACGGGUUCAUGAUCGAAGAGGGAAACACCGCAACGCCGAGCCGAUCGACUGGUCCGAAGAGUCCCUUGCGCGAGAAACAACCGUCGGUGUCGCUGCAACACGAGUUUUCCCUGCUUAAUCCCAACAUUCCCCACAUCGACAUUGAGGUGCUGGAUCCGAUCAAACGAACCGCCACGCUACGAAUCUCGGUCAACGGAUACGUGAUCAUGCUGCAGGUUAACUUCCCCUCGCUAUAUCCAAAUAACGGCAUCGUUCCGGAGUUUCACUAUUGCCAAGGCACAUCGCUAGACGACGCUCUAUCGGUGACGCUGAUGAAGGUACUACGCAUGACCGCGAGUCAUCGUGUGAAGAAGGGUCGCACCUGUCUAGAGCAGUGCUUGCGUGCGUUGGUGAAUCAGUUAAAGAAAUCCUCCAACAAUGGAGAUCGACACCUGCGGCUGCAGUCACCUCGCUUAGAAGGCGCACUCAGCAGCGCAUUGCACGAUGCUUGUGUGCCGUUCCCUAAGACGUCCGGGGUUCGGUUCAGUCAGGUGGGCAUUCUUGUGACGUUUUCGCGACCACUAAACACGAAGCGUAUCAGCUUGAAGCAACAAAACACGACUCCGAGGGCACUUUCGGCCCUCAGUGGUGGUUACCUCGGGAACGUCAUGGGAUCCCAACCCAUCCUUUACGCGCAUCGUGAUCCAAAUUCGUCCUCUUUCUAUCUUCCAGACAGGAAAUCGUCACGCCAUCGUGGCGCCUCGGCCAAGAUCAGCGUCUCCGCCGUGCACGUGUACGACGCUUCGAAGAUCCUGUAUGUAAGUCGUGAGCUUGCAGAAAAUUACAUCAUCAACACAACGAACAUAGCCGAAAUGUGCCGCCAUAAUCGUGCUGCUGCGGAGAGAUACGGUCGACCGGAUCUCGUGCAGUGUUGGUCGUUGGCGGAAAUGAUCGCACAACCGAGCACGGAUUUUGAAACCGAUGACGAUAUGUUGUGCUCGCAGAAUCCGUUCGCGAAGAGCUUGCUAGAGUCACUCAUUCAUCAUUUCGCGCGCAUACACGAUGUCCAGACGGCCGCGAUGCUCUGUUGUGCCUUUGGUCGACACUGCCCCUCGGCGCUGGAGCUUUCUAUGAGUUCCAGCUCAAGCAGCAAAUCAAUCAACCAAAGUCACUUACUUAGCGGUCAUCGAAAAAUUAAGCCUAGCGGAUCGCCCUACCACACGAUUCUGCCGGUGGACCCGUCUUCCAACCAGGGCUGGAUAUUGGCGCAACAGUUGAAGCACCUGCGCAGCAACUCGUGGUCGGACUCGCUGGAUGACUUUCGGCUCGGCCCGGGAAGCGGAGGCGGAUUCGGGGAUAUCAACAGGAGCCUACUGGGCGAUAGUAAUCGUUUUCUGUACGACAACUUCAAGCGCAGCUACGCGGAAAUGCUGUACCGCUGGGGCCUGCUGGUCCAGCGGGCGAAGGUGCUUAAGUACCUGUCGAACUACGUCGAUACGCCCCGGUGCGUAGAGUUUGUAACCGAAUGUUUGCACUGUUGUCGCGUCGGGGCGCCAGCGUGUGCGACAUGCAAGAAACCGGUACUGUACUGCAGCUUAUGCCGACUGCCGGUGCGAGGAGCAGCCAAUGCUUGCCUGCAUUGCGGUCACGGUGGACAUACGGAGCACAUGCGGAUAUGGUUCGAGCGGCAUGACGUUUGCGCAACGGGCUGUGGAUGUCCCUGUUUGAACAAAAGCUCGAAACUGUGCAAUUUGUAGUCCAUGGAAACGUUAUACAACCAUACGUCGUUAAAUUGUUGAUAGUGCUGUAAAUGACGGUACUUGUAUUGUAAGUAAAUGUAGUCUUUGGCAAAACAGUCCAAUUUGUCUUCUUCACAAGACUGCCUCAUUAAAAUACAAAAGGGUAAAAUAGAACGUGUACAAAUAAUCAAGUGAUUUAUUUCUUAUAUCUUAAAGAUA